GACAGAUUGAUUAGAAUCUAAUCUGUGAUUUUAGUGUGUACAAUUAGGUAAAACCAACGUCUGGAUGCAGUUCAUAAAACACACUUUCCUUUUUGUCAAGAAGUUAACUGACAAUCGGUUCAAAUCGUUUUACUUGUACAGUACUGUAAGUCUAACCGCAAAUAAGUCAACCACCACAAACAAAAUGGAAAACACACCAAACUUAGUCUUACGAAGAGUCGAGAAUAUAAUCAAAUCCCAAGAAGACAAGCGGCUUUAUCGGGGUUUGGAGCUUGCAAAUCACAUGAAAGUUUUGCUUGUGAGUGACCCCACAACCGACAAAUCCGCCGCUGCCAUGGAUGUCAACGUUGGUUUCAUGAGCGACCCACGAGAUGUCUAUGGUUUGGCCCAUUUCUGCGAACAUAUGCUCUUUCUGGGCACCAAAAAAUACCCCAAUGAGAACGACUACAAUAAAUACUUGAGUGAACAUGGGGGGAGCAGUAACGCAGCCACCUAUCCCGACCACACAAUUUACUACUUUGACAUAGUACCUGAUGAAUUAAAUAAUGCUCUGGAUCGGUUUUCGCAGUUUUUUAUCGCCCCGUUGUUUACCGAAUCGGCCACUGAUCGGGAGAUGAAUGCUGUGAAUUCCGAACACGAAAAAAAUAUCCCUAAUGAUGUGUGGAGAAAGGACCAGUUGGACAAACAUUUGGCUGAUCCAAAGCACCCUUACCACACGUUCGGGACAGGCAACAGACAUACUUUGGAUACGCUCCCGAAGGAAAAAAAUAUUAACGUGCGAGAUGAGCUGUUAAAGUUUCACGACAAGUGGUAUUCAUCAAACAUCAUGUGUCUGGCUGUCCUAGGAAAAGAAAGUCUUGAUGACUUGGAACAAAUGGUUGUAAAAUUGUUCUCUGAGGUGAAAGACAAGGCCAUUGCGGCCCCCAGGUGGGAGGAGCACCCGUUCAAGGACGAGCACUUUGGUACUUGUGUCUACAUGUACCCCAUCAAGGACGUCCGGAAUUUGAACAUAGUGUUCCCCUGCCGUGACCUUCAAGAGUACUACAAGUCGUCACCUUCGCACUACAUCAGUCACCUAAUGGGGCACGAGGGCCCCGGCAGUAUUUUAUCGACGCUUAAAGCCCGCGGUUGGUCGAAUAAUUUAGUCGCUGGUAGUAGGCCAGCGCCACGCGGGUUGGGUUUUUUUGGGGUCACUGUGGAUUUAACAGAAGAGGGCAUAAAGCAUAUUGACGAUAUCGUCGAACUGAUUUUCCAAUAUUUGAACAUGUUGAAGCGUCAAGGGCCCCAAAAGUGGGUGCAGGAUGAGAACAGGGACAUCGGCAAUAUGCUGUUUAGGUUUAAGGAUAAGGAAUCUCCAAGGAGUUACAUUGCAGGCCUAGUUCACACGCUACAAGAUUACAGUAUGGAGGACGUGUUAAGUUGUAUGUAUUUGUUUUCUGAAUGGAGACCGGAUAUUAUUGAACAAGUCUGGAAUGAUUUUGUUCCGGAAAAAAUCCGAAUCGUAGUCUUGGCUAAACAGUACGAGAAUGAGUUGGAUCAAGUCGAGCCUUGGUACGGUACUAAGUAUAAAGUGGCAAAGAUUCCGGAAAAAACGCUAGAAAGGUGGCGAAAGUCCGAACUUUCUGGUGAUUUUAAGUUGCCGGAAAAGAAUGAGUUCAUUCCGACCGAUUUUGAGUUGUACCCAAUCGAUAAAGAAGUUACGGAACAUCCGGUAAUUAUUCAAGACACUGCUCUGACGAGAGUUUGGUUUAAACAAGACGAAACGUUUUUGUUACCGAAAGCAAACGUCAUGUUUGAUUUCGUCAGUCCCUUGGCAUAUUUAGAUCCUCUCAAUUGUAAUCUGACCCACAUGCUGGUCCAAUUGUUCCGAGACGCUUUAAACGAAUAUGCCUAUGCCGCUGAACUUGCCGGCUUAAAGUGGGAACUUAUCAAUACAAAAUACGGCCUAAUCCUCGCCAUUGGAGGUUACAGCAAUAAGCAACACAUAUUUUUAGAUAAGGUGAUGGAGAAAUUGACGAAUUUUAAAAUCGAUCCGAAACGAUUUGAAAUUUGCAAAGAAAACUACAUUCGUAAUUUGAAAAACUUUGCGGCUGAGCAGCCCUACCAGCACGCUGUGUAUUAUUUGGCCGCUCUUUUGACCGAGCAUUCCUGGACGAAACAGGAGCUCUUGGCUACGACCGAACAGCUCACGAUUGAUAAGUUGGAGGCGUUCAUUCCCCAAAUCCUGUCAAAAAUGCACAUCGAGUGCCUAAUUCACGGUAACGCAAACAAGGAAAAGGCGCUUCAGUUGGUGCAAAUCGUCGAAGACCGUCUUCUCUCAACCCUAAACAUGUCACCGUUGCUUCCGCGACAGUUGCUAUUAAAUCGCGAGUUGAAACUUGAAGACGGUUGUAAUUACGUUUACGAAGUCCAGAAUGAAGUCCACAAGGAGUCUUGCAUCGAAUUGUACUACCAGUGCGGGCUCCAGUCGAAGGAGAACAACAUGAAGUUGGAGUUAUUUGCUCAAAUUGUCCAAGAGCCGUGUUUCGAUAUUUUACGGACGAAGGAACAGCUGGGGUAUAUUGUUUUUAGCGGCAUUCGGCGGUCGAAUGGGGUGCAAGGGUUGAGGAUUAUCGUGCAGUCCGACAAACACCCGGUGCGUUUGGACGAACGUAUCGAAGAGUUUUUGAAAAAUAUGUUGAGUUAUUUGAAGAACAUGUCGGAGGAAGAGUUUGCAAGACACCGGGAGGCGCUAGCUGCUCAAAGACUAGAAAAACCGAAGCAGUUGUCCACUCAGACUAACAUUUUCUGGGGGGAGAUCACCUCACAGCAGUACCACUUUGACAGGGCCAAUGUCGAAGUGGCCUAUUUGCGGACCCUGACCAAGGAGGACAUCAUCGAUUUUUACAAGAGUUUGUUGGAGGAAAACGCCCAGUUUCGUAAAAAGCUCUCUGUCCAUGUGGUUUCAAUGGCGGAUGGGGGGGCUGGCAAAAUGGCGGCCAGUGAUAAGGAAUACACUGUUGAUAGCAAGGGGACGGUUGUUUGUGAUAUCACGGUGUUUAAAAGCUCGCACGAAAUGCAUCCUCUUGUUCAGCCUUACAUUAACAUUACGAGAAAAGGAAACAAGUGUAAACUCUGAUUUUGAAAGUGAAUAGCCAAUUUAAUAAAUUAAAUUUUAACUCAAUUCUUAGGUGAAUGUUUUUAGAUUGUGUAAGUCGGCACGAGAUUAAUAAUGCGGUUUUUCUGGCUAAUAAAUUCUUUGAAACUA